AUGGAAGGGCCAUUCCGGACUCGCUUUAGAGAUUGCCUGGAAAAUAAACAGCCCUGCAGCCAUAUGAAGAAGUUUGGGAGGAAAAGAAGGUCGAUCUGUAACACCACCUACGAAGACGUCCGAAAAACAUUUGACGAUCUAAAAAGAAAGAUUGCUGAUUCGGGCCGCCUUUCUUCCAGUGGAUUUUCCCCGGCUACAUCACCAAGGAGUGUGAGCUGGAGAAAGGACUAUCCAUGUGACCUUAUCUCAAGCUCCGGCGAUGAUCUGGAGGACUGGAGCAGCUUUAUUAGCUCGCACAACUCUGAACUUGGAGAUAGAAGUGGACCCAGAACUCCAAGCCCUGGAAGCGAGGCACAAGAAAGUAUUGCAGUAAACCAUGGAAUCCUUAGCUCUAGCGAAACAUACGACGAAAGUCUGGGAUUCAGUAGCUUUCUUGAGGAGGAAUCUAAGAAAGCAUCUCGAAUACAGAACAUAACAUUUAGAAGAAAGAAGGGGGAGAACGGGAAUCUUUUGGAACUGGAGAAGUGCAACAUCGAUGCUCUUCAGGAAGAAAAUCUCGAGGUGGCAGCACUGAAAAAAAUCUCAUUUGACAGAAUGCCAAAGAAUGUCAGGAAGAUUGGGGAGGCAACAUUCAGCGAGGUGUUUAGCGACGGCCUUAAGGUCUACAAGAUUGUUCCAUUAGGGGACACAGAUGAUGAAACGUCUCUCGAGUCGUUUCUGAAGGAAUCGGCCAUAUUCAAAACCAUUUCCUCGGAAGACGGGGUGUGCAGGCUUAAAGAUGUGUUUUUGGUUGAAGGAAAAUAUCCAGAGGAAUAUUUGAAGGCAUGGGACGAUUACGGAGAGGAAGAAAACGAAAGACCCUCGAAAUACUCGGACUCUCAGAAGUACGGUGUGAUAGUGAUGGAGGACGGGGGAGAAAGCCUGGAAAGCACUAAGUUUCAAGGGGCAGAGGAGAUGGACCGAUUUAUUAGGAGGGUUAUAGAGAUACUGGCCAACCUGGAGGAGAAGUACGAGUUCGAACAUAGAGACCUUCAUUGGGGAAAUAUCUUGAUAAAGGAGGACCGAAUAAGCUUGAUUGAUUUUUCUCUCAGUAGGCUGAAGGAUGGAGAUUCUGUGAUAUUUAGCAACCUCAACGACAAGCAAUGGUUGUUCGAGGGAGACGAGGCUUUUGAUAUCCAAUUCAAGGUUUAUAAGGACAUGCUCAAGCUGUGUUCUGGAUGCUGGUCUCGCUUUACUCCCCAAAGCAAUGCCCUGUGGAUCCGAUACCUUGUUGAAAAGACAUUUGGAAAAGGAAGGUUCAAGGGGAAGAAAGACCUAGUCUCACAGUACUUGUCGAUUAUAGAUAGCAGCACAUCAGCAAGGGAUAUAGAUGCAAAACUCAAGAGGAAGGAAGUACAAUAA